UGAAAGAGAAAGGCGGGACUACAAUUCCUUAGCAACGCUUGGCUCCCUGGGAGUGGUGGCGGUUGUUUCAACAUGGCGGCAGCGGCAACAAAAAGUGGAAAUUCGGGGAUAUUUUGGAUGAAUGGUGUGUCUGAUGAGGAACAGCCUUUGGUGUUUGUUCCUGGAUUAGAAGGAGAGGGGAAGACUCAGACCCCUUUUAGUUUGAGAUCAGGCAGCAGCACCAGCACAUCCAGUAAAAGAGGUACCAAGAUGCGAGCCAGGCAUAGCUCUGAUUGCAAGAACGAGACCACACUAAGGAAAGUUGUCAAGAAACAGGGCUCCUCACAAAGUGAGCGCUCUGGGGUUUAUACCAAGGAAAAAGGGUCCAUCCAUCCCAGUGCUACUGUAGCUACAGAGCCCACCAUUUCUCCAGCUUUGGGUACUUUUAUCUCCUCAACACAGGUAAUCUCUGAGACCAGCAGAGCUAAGAGCCAGGUCUGUUUGAAAGACCUCUGUCCUGAAGAUAAGCGCCGGAUUGCAAACCUCAUCGAAGAACUAGCCAGAGUGAGCGAGGAGAAAGAAGAGUCAGUGCAGCGUCUGAAAGAUGAACAGGAAAAUUUUGAGUCCAAGAUCCAGAAGUUGGAACAACAGAACGUGAUCAUAGUUCAGGAAAGGGAGAGCCUGCAGCAGCAGUAUAGAGAGUGCCAGGAGCUGCUUGGUCUCUACCAACAAUACCUUUCUCAGCAACAGGCGAAACUUAACCAAUCCAUCGCCCAGCUCAGCCAGGCACCAGCCCAUAGCGAGGUGCUCCGCAGCGAGGAAGCCCACAGCAGAACAUCUACCAGCAGAGCUAAUGGUUCUCUCUUUGAUGGUUCAUACCUCAGCCUUGCGGCUACCCCAGCACAACAGCCUCAAGUGCACAGAAGUGGUGGUGGAGGAAGAGCAAUACAUACCCAUAGCAACCAUGCCUCUCUUUCCUGUGUUAGUGAGUUCAGUCCAACUGAUGGGACGAUCAAACAGCAUAGGAUUCAGAAAAGGGAGUGCAGGGAGCCACACUCAAAGUCCCACCACAGAUGUGAGCACUACCAAGGCAGUGGUCAAGACAGUGACUCUUGUCUAGAGAAUGGCCACCAUGACAACUUUAACCAGCAUGAGUGUAAAAGACUCCACAGUGGGAGUGCCAUUGGCUCAGAGGCCAAGGAAGCUCUGACCAGGCCUCUGUUGGGCCACGAGGACUGGGAGGAGAAGAGGCACCAGCUGCUACUGCAGAAGAUGCAGUUGGAGAUGGAGAGAGAGAGGCUGCAGGCACGGCUGGCUGAGCAGGAGGAGAGGCUCAAUAGACAGAAUCAGCAGCUAUGUCAGUCGCGUCUCGAUUACAGCAGGUUUCAACAAGCUACUCAAUCUGAUCUCAGCAGCUCAAACCCUAGAAAGGGAGAUCCACAGCCGGAGGGUCCCUCCCACCAAGAUUUACCCCCCAGUGUGUGUGAAGAUGCAAAGGUACAUCCUGCAGGACAGAGCAUGAAUGGAAAACACUCCCAAACUGUACCCGCUCUUCUGGACAAUGGCAAUGAGGCCUUAGAGAGGUCUAGAAAGGACAUGGCCACAUCUCCUGUUAAGUCCCCUGCAAGCCUGAGUAAGCCCACCUCAAUGGCUGUGAUCCAAAAGUCCCCUGAGGCCAGGUUGGACUUUUCUGUGAUUGAGUUAUUGGAUGUCUUUAGUCCUGUCUCUGCACCUGAGCUCAGCAAGCAGUCCUCUCGAAGACCCAAAACAUCGCAACGUAGGCCGGGCCUCUCUGCUCCCAAACCAGAGGGCAGAAUCCUGCUCCCCCCUGCUGGGUCUUAUCCUCAGAGUACCCAGCAGGACCUGGAAGAAAGCCAAAUACUGGAGGAUAUUUUCUUCAUUUGCUGACGAGAAGAAAAUGGGUCCAGUAACUUGAUAUUCACCGUUUUUUAAAAAAUUUUUUUUUAUAUAUAUAUGACAUUCUAAAUCAGAAUGAUCAUGUUGUAGAUUUUACUUUUGUUAUACUGUGGUUUUAAUACAAAUAAACACAUUUAUAUUUAUUCA